AGAAAAAGGUGAAAAACAAAGAGACGUGUUGGAUUUUCCUCUGCAUUUCGCGUGUAAUUGGGACGCAGCGUGUGCUGAUAAUACAGUUGGAGGAGUGCCGGUGCUGACGGAAAGGAGAAUGUCGUGCCAAGAUACGGGGAAGUCCCCCUCGAGGGGCCCCACAAAUCCCACCCUGCAACUGCCCGACGGUGGCUUCCGGACCAAGCGAACCAGAACCGCAUCGACCUCCGCCCGCGCCCUGGAGAAUCCCGUUGAGAGGGGCGCCAUCAAGUCCUUCUGUCGCGGCAAAGGUCACGGCUUCAUCGCGCCCCAGGCCGGCGGCGAGGACAUCUUCGUCCACAUCUCCGACAUCGAGGGUGAAUAUGUUCCACUGCCGGGCGACGAAGUCAGCUAUCGGCUGUGCUUCAUUCCGCCAAAAUACGAGAAGACACAAGCCAUUCACGUGAACAUCACGAACCUCACGCCCGCGGUGCACACCAAGUGGGAGGAGCCGCCCUUCCAUUGAGC